GGCGCGUUGAAUUGUGGGGUGGAAAUGGCGUCCUCCUGUACGUGUUGUUGACGCUUUUAGCUUUGUGUUGUUUGUUAAAGUAAUUAUCUUUAUUAUUUUAAUCUGACUGCAGUAAUGUGUUCAACACCGACACAAAUACCUCAGUGAGAGCAGAAGUAAGCAGAUCACCCAACAGGAUCGCAGCCUCUCCAGAGAGAUGGAUGACGACGCGUCCCUGCACAGGUUAGAGGGCAGCGCCCCGGACUCUCAGGUCGGAGGUCUGAUAGUUAAGAAGAAAAGCGCUUCAUCGGAGCAGCACGUGUUCCGAGUCCCGGCUCCUCGUGUGUCUCUGCUCGGCCUCGACCUGCUCGCUGCUCAAAAACGCAAGGAGCGAGAAGGGAAGGAGCAGCAGAACUCAGACCUAGAUGACCAAACAUCUAAAAAGUCCAAGGUGUCGUCCUACAGGGACUGGGAGGAGGGAAAGAGCGACUCUGGGUCUGACGAGGAGGAUGAGGGCCAAGACAAGAGGAACGGGAAGAAGGACAGAAGGUGUUACCGUGCGUCAGGGGCAGAAACUCCUUCAAACCCCGGCGGCGUCAGCGAAGAAUUCCGCAAAAAACACCAGCAAAGGGAGAAAGACCGGCGAGAGCACGGAGUCUACGCAUCAUCUAAAGACGACAAAAACAGAGACAAGGAGCGAGAGAGAGCCAGAGAUAAAAACCGAGAGAGAGACAGAGAGAGGAAAAGUGAUCGAGACGAUCGUGAUCGCAGCCGGGGGUCCAGCAGCAGCCGCUCGGAGCACUCGGACAGCAGCGUGAGGAGCGAGCGCUCACAAAGAGACGUCUGGUCCGAGCGAAUCAGCCGCGGGAGUCGCAGGGACGAACCCCAAACCCCCCGCAAUCGACCCAGAGAUGCUCCGACACCGUCUGCAUCUAGCUGGGAUGAAGACGACAGCGGCUACGCUAGCGCGCGCCGUUCGCACUGGGAGAGCCCGUCUCCGUCCCCCUCGCACCGCGAGACCGAACGCUCGGAGCGCAGCUCUCGCUCGGGCCGAGACAGCGAGAGGAGAGACAAGUCAGUGAGGGCUCGUUACCCGGACGACACGCCCCUGCCCACGCCAUCGUACAAAUACAACGAGUGGGCCAACGACAGGAAACAUCUGGGCUCCACCCCUCGUCUCUCCAGAGGAAAAGGUAAAAAGGAGGACGGCGAGGACGGCAUCAGUUUCGAUAACGAGGAGGAGAAGGAGCAGUGGGAGGAAGACCAGAGGCAAGCGGACCGAGACUGGUACAUGAUGGACGAAGGCUACGACGAAUUCCACAACCCUCUGACUUCCAGCUCGGAAGAGUACGUGAAGAAGAGAGAGCAGAUUUUACAGAAGCAGACCCAGAAACGCAUUUCUGCACAGAGACGACAGAUUAACGAGGACAACGAGCGCUGGGAGACGAACCGCAUGUUGACCAGCGGUGUGGUGCAGCGACUGGAAGUGGACGAGGACUUUGAAGAAGACAACGCAGCACGGGUUCACCUGCUCGUCCACAACCUCGUCCCUCCUUUUCUAGACGGCAGAAUCGUCUUCACCAAGCAGCCCGAGCCGGUCAUCCCGGUGAAAGACGCCACCUCAGACAUGGCCAUCAUCUCCCGCAAAGGCAGCCAGCUGGUGCGCAAACACCGAGAGCAGAAGGAGCGCAAGAAGGCGCAGCACAAACACUGGGAGCUCGCUGGGACCAAACUGGGAGACAUCAUGGGCAUCAAGAAGGAGGAAGACGGUGCUGAUGCUAAGUCUGUCGGAGAGGACGGGGCUGUGGACUACAAGACAGAGCAGAAGUUUGCUGAACACAUGAAGGAGAAGAAUGAAGCCAGCAGUGACUUUGCUAAAAAAAAGACUCUCCUGGAACAGAGACAGUAUCUUCCCAUCUUCGCCGUUCGCCAGCAGCUGCUGAACAUCAUCAGAGACAACAGUAUUGUGAUCGUGGUGGGUGAGACGGGCAGCGGGAAGACCACGCAGCUCACACAGUACCUACACGAGGACGGCUACACCAGCUACGGCAUGGUGGGAUGCACACAGCCUCGCAGAGUGGCAGCCAUGAGCGUGGCCAAGAGAGUGAGCGAGGAGAUGAACAGCAACCUGGGAGAGGAGGUCGGUUACGCCAUCCGCUUUGAGGACUGCACUUCUGAGAAGACCAUAAUUAAGUACAUGACUGACGGGAUCCUGCUGCGUGAGUCUCUGCGUGAGUCUGAUCUGGACCACUACAGCGCUGUCAUCAUGGACGAAGCACACGAGCGCUCGCUGAACACCGACGUGCUGUUCGGCCUGCUCCGGGAGGUGGUGUCACGACGCUCUGACUUGAAGCUCAUCGUCACGUCGGCCACAAUGGACUCGGACAAAUUUGCAGCGUUCUUCGGAAAUGUUCCCAUCUUCAACAUUCCCGGAAGGACGUUCCCUGUGGACAUCCUGUUCAGUAAGACUCCUCAGGAAGACUAUGUGGAAGCUGCAGUGAAACAAGCCUUGCAGAUCCACCUCAGUGGGAUGGUGGGAGAUAUUCUCAUCUUCAUGCCUGGUCAGGAGGACAUCGAGGUGACGUCAGAUCAGAUCGUGGAGAGAUUGGAGGAGCUUGAGAACGCUCCUGCCCUUGCAGUCCUGCCCAUCUACUCCCAGCUGCCCUCAGACCUGCAGGCCAAGAUCUUCCAGAAGGCUCCAGACGGAGUGAGGAAGUGCAUCGUGGCCACCAACAUCGCCGAGACGUCUCUGACCGUAGACGGCAUCAUGUUCGUUGUGGACGCUGGAUACUGCAAGCUCAAGGUGUUCAACCCACGUAUAGGUAUGGACGCGCUGCAGGUUUAUCCCAUCAGCCAGGCUAACGCUAACCAGCGUGCGGGCCGAGCUGGGAGAACUGGGCCAGGCCAGUGUUACAGGUUAUACACUCAGAGCGCCUUCAAGAACGAGAUGCUGACCACCACCAUCCCUGAGAUCCAGCGCACAAACCUGGCUAACGUGGUGCUGCUGCUGAAGUCUCUGGGCGUACAGGACCUGCUGCUCUUCCACUUCAUGGAUCCACCACCUGAAGACAACAUGCUCAACUCCAUGUACCAGCUGUGGAUCCUCGGUGCUCUGGACAACACGGGCUCUCUGACACCAACAGGUCGGCUCAUGGUGGAGUUCCCAUUAGAUCCGGCUCUGUCCAAGAUGCUGAUUGUGUCCUGUGACAUGGGCUGCAGUGCCGACAUCCUCAUCAUCGUCUCCAUGUUAUCUGUUCCAACCAUCUUCUACAGGCCCAAGGGCCGAGAGGAAGAGAGCGACCAGGUGAGGGAGAAGUUUGCUGUACCUGAGAGUGAUCACCUGACCUACCUCAACGUCUUCCUGCAGUGGAAAAACAACAACUAUUCCAGCAUCUGGUGCAACGAGCACUUCAUCCACACCAAGGCCAUGCGCAAGGUGCGGGAGGUACGAGCUCAGCUGAAGGACAUCAUGGUGCAGCAGAAGAUAAACCUGGUCUCCUGUGGCUCAGACUGGGAUGUGAUCAGGAAGUGCAUCUGUGCUGCUUAUUUCCACCAGGCGGCUAAGCUGAAGGGCAUAGGGGAGUAUGUGAACGUGCGAACAGGUAUGCCGUGUCACCUCCAUCCCACCAGCUCUCUCUUUGGCAUGGGCUACACCCCUGAUUACAUCAUCUACCACGAACUGGUCAUGACCACCAAGGAGUACAUGCAGUGUGUGACGGCGGUGGACGGAGAGUGGCUGGCGGAGCUCGGCCCCAUGUUCUACAGCAUCAAACACGCAGGAAAGAGUCGACAGGAGAACCGGCGGAGAGCGAAGGAGGAAAUCUCCAACAUGGAGGAGGAGAUGUCUCUGGCUGAACAGCAGCUGCGUGCGAGAAGAGAGGAGCAGGAGAAGAGGAACACACUGGGCAGCACCAGGUCCAUAAAGAUCUGCACACCGGGCCGGAAAGAGGACGUGCCCAUGACGCCGAAGCGAACUCCUGCACGCUUUGGCCUUUAGAUCGUCGUCCUGCUGUUUUCAGGGCUGGUGCAGGUGUAUUUCCCAGCAUGCACCAGCAGUAGGAGCACUUGCAUAAGAGAAGAGUAAAGAGAGAGCGGUGGAGGUGGAGGUGGAGGACUCGUGGCUUGUAGUUUCACUGCAGAUCUGCUUUUCAUGUUACACACAUUUCUUCACGCGCGAGUCUUUAAGUCCGUCGUAUAAACGUCCUUUCCUUUUUACGCUCGUUCACAGACGUAGAUAAAACUCUCAACGCUUGCAUCGCGUUUAUAUAAAAACGUUCAGCUACAUUUUACUGUGAACUUUUUUGUUUUUGUAGUUCAGCGUGGCAGAAAUCCAAACUACUGAAUAUUCAGUGCGCGACGUUAUCCGUUCAGCAUCCGCACCGCUGUACGGAGAAGACGUUAACAUCGGUGCCGUGGUUAGACGUGAACAUCAGCUAUAAUACAGUGAUUAGUCGUCCGUGUCGUUAAAAUAAACACCAGCCGCUUCACGUUAGACCGAAUCUCUCUCUCUCUCCGGAAGGUUCCACCGUGAUUUGGGCUGCUUAAUGUUAUUUUUUUUUAUUAUAUUUGUUUUUUUUUUUUUUUUUUUAAAUCGGUUAUCGAUCAAUAACGGAUCUGAUGAAAAAUCUAUAAUGUCCCGUCAUCCGUAAUAAAUGUAUUAUAAAUUGGGGGUUUUGUUGUUUUCAUGCUGUAUUGCAAUAAUAAAUUGUAUGAAUCCUGUCACGAAGAAGCUCCGUGCAUUCAGGUGGACAUUAAAUACCGAGUUCUGACAACAAGCCGUCGUGUUUAUAAUCAAAACAUAAGAUAUACAGUAGCUUCAAGCAGUGAUGAAGGGGGCCAAGCGCUUACUGCCCCGUGGGGUACCUACACAGGAAGAGCGUCUGCGCUUCACUUCUCCGUGUAGACGCUGAGCUCGUACCUCACUUCCUGUCUUCAGCGGAGCGUCGACAAAUCACCGUGAUCGUUGUGACUUUGGGUCAUGUUGCUAAACUUCACUUCCUGUUUAUAACCGUUCUGUAUGUUAACUGGUCGAUUGAUGGAGCUGAUCAAUCAUGGAGGUGAUCAAUAAACUCUAGUCUUGUUUAGUCACUGCUCGACUUUUAAAGAGGAAUAAAUUUAAGACAAGAAACUAGAAAAAGGGGGUCACGGUGUCUUAGUGGUUAGCACGUUCGCCUCACACCUCCAGGGUCGGGGGGUCCGAUUCCCGCCUCCACCUUGUGUGUGUGGAGUUUGCAUGUUCUCCCCGUGCCUCAGGGGUUUCCUCCGGGUACUCCGGUUUCCUCCCCCGGUCCAAAGACAUGCAUGGUAGGUUGAUUGGCAUCUCUGGAAAAUUGUCCGUAGUGUGUGAUUGUGUGAGUGAAUGAGAGUGUGUGUGUGCCCUGCGAUGGGUUGGCACUCCGUCCAGGGUGUAUCCUGCCUUGAUGCCCGAUGACGCCUGAGAUAGACACAGGCUCCCCGUGACCCGAGGUAGUUCGGAUAAGUGGUAGAAGAUGAAUGAAUGAAUGAAUGAACUAGAAAAAAGCUCGAAGGUGGACAUAAAAAGGCGAAUCCACUCGUCGCGUAGCUCGAGUGCGAAAGAUCGUUCCGUUAUUGUGUCCAGAUAAUAAACGAGUGUGAACGCAGUGUUGUUGAUUUCUCCUGUGACACGAGGUGGAACCGGAACGUUUAGGGUUUUAUAGUAAUGCGCUCGUUACGAUGAGACGCGUUUAUUAUUCACUUUUAGAGGCAAAAGGAAAAAGAGGCAGGUGAGGUAACGACCGCUUACAGACGCCGUGUUAACAGGGAAAAACUCUUUACGGCUGUUACGCAUUAAAGGGGCUGUGUGUUUAAGUUCUGCAAUAAAUAAAGAUUGUAAACAAACAAACAAAAAAACACCGUAGGGCAAGUUGUUAUUGGGAUAUAAUCACACCGUCCCUUAGUGGAUUACGUUCCACGUCCCAAAGCUGUUUAUUCCACUUAUACAACAGAAAGCCUGCAGCUGUUAUUCUGUCUGCACACAUCAAGUGUUUACUGAGGAGCAGCUUAAUGAUCGCUCGUGUCUGUGUGCUGAAAUUUAUAUCUGUAACAGUAACUGGGAUGUAGGAAGGAGUCGUGUGUAUUAGUGGUGCUUACACACACACACACACACACACACACACACACACACACAUACAUACACGUGCACACACCUAUACACACACACAUAUACACACACACCUAUACACACACAUACACGCGCACAUACCUAUACACACACACACAUACAUGCGCACACACCUAUACACGCGCACACACAUACACACACACAUAUACACACACACAUACACACAUACAUACAUGCGCACACACCUAUACACACACACAUACACACACACACAUACACACACACAUACAUACACACACACAUAUACACACACACCUAUACACACACAUACACGCGCACAUACCUAUACACACACAUAUACACACACACAUAUACACACACACCUAUACACACACACACAUACACACACACAUACAUACACACACACAUAUACACACACACCUAUACACACACAUACACGCGCACAUACCUAUACACACACAUAUACACACACACACACAUACAUGCGCACACACCUAUACACGCACACACACACAUAUACACACACACAUAUACACACACACAUACACAUAUACACACACACAUACAUACAUGCGCACACACACCUAUACACACGUAUACACACACACAUAUACACACACACCUACACAUACAUACACACACACACACAUAUUAACAGACACAUACACACACAGAUACACACACAUAUACAUACCUAUACACACACACACACACAGACCUCUGCGAGAAGGUUAAAACUUGCUAAAGUUUUUCUGAUUUUUUAAUGUACUGAUUUUAUUCGUCUCUGUACAUCAAGAGAAAGGUUUCAUUAAUUCGUUCUUUUAAAGACGGUCUUGUGAAGAUUGAAAUGGUCUCUUGCACUCGUUUAAUUGGGACAAAUCUGUGGUACAGGCUGACAUUUGAAAAAUCCCUCGACUGCAUGACGGUGGCAGGCGUCACCUUUAUAAGCGAUUUAUGCUGGAGGCCUUUGUGGCGAUGAAAGGAAUUAAAAUGGCGCGCGUGUCACCGGGGACGGCAGGCGGAGGAUUAAGAGUAAAACCGGACUUCUGAGAGGAUCUGAGACGCUGAAGCCUGUUGACUCUGAUGUGUUUCGGUACAGAGAGACGACGAGGGUUCACGUGUUUCUGUCCAAAACACUUCAGUGAAAGUGAUUACAGACCUAAUAAAAGAACAAAGGCACUAGAUGAGAAAAAAAACAAGGUGUCGGCUGCACUUUUAAUUAACCUCGGGCUCGUAACGUCCUGAUAAAGACGACGAGCGCCGCAGAGCUUUUCUCCUUCUUUCUUUCCAUCCCCAAUACCUCUGUCUGUCGCCUAGCAGUAAUGAACGGCCUUCUGGGAGCCAAUUACAGCACGACUCCAUCUGAGGUCCGCUCCAGACGUAACCGCAGCCUGAUCUCCGUCUCGCACGUCUUUUCCGUCCCUGCUGCCCGUGUCUUCGGCUUGAUGGGAAUUUAUUAGAAAUCGGUGCAGACGUUAAACCGCCUGCUCACGACUACAGAAAUCCAAAACGCGCUCUGGGUUACAGUGUAAAAGGAAACGCGUACGAACACGUUGUUCAAAAUAAAAGGCACCAAACAUCCUUCUGAUUCUCCUGAGUUAAUAUUCAUCAGCUAGUGAAGAGAAUGUGUUCAGAUCCCAGACCCAGCAGAGCUCCAGCUCUAAUCCUCAUUCACUUGGACUCGAUCUCCUCUAACAAGCUCACAGCAAUCGAACUGGUCAGAAGCCGUCGAUUUAUUUUAGUCCAGCCGCAAAUCGUUCGUAUCAAAGCGCUCGUUCUAAUACGAUGUCGUUUCUAUAGUAACGGCUCGGUCACAGGGACCCUCUGAUGUCCACGUCUUCAGGAAAGAAGCAGUGAUUAUUAUCUGUAAGAGUAAAAACAUGAGGCUGGUGACCGAACAAACGAAUUAACUGAUAAAUUUAACUUCGAAUUAAACUUUAAACAGACAAACAAAUAAAAACACAAUUGUUGGUAAAUUGCAA